UGUCCGGGUGUUUGCCGUGCGAAUCCCGGUGUCCUAGUGGCGGGACAACAGCGCUGCCAGCCGUGUUUGCCGUGCGCUGUUGCCCUGUUGACAGGCGUGUAGUUCGCACGUCCUCUCGCCCUGGCGAUGUUUAUAAACACGAGAGUUGGAGGUUUACCGAUGGCUGGUUUUUCCCGCCCAGUUUGUGUUUCCCUGGGACAGCGGGGCUGAGUCAUGUGUGUCAUCACACUCGUCUUCAAGCAGAUGCAAGGGGGUCGGUGGUCUCCGUAGCAGGCAAUAGUUGAUCUGUGGUUCUGCCGGCAAGUGACGUAAUGUACUGAGGGAGCGAAUUCUACACAAGGCACAGCGACGUCCCUGGACUGUUAUGAGAGAGUGAGUGACUCGAACAUUGGAGUCGACGCUACUGAGAUCACAUUGGACGGUGAGACAAACUCUCGACGGUCCAAAGUUUGGGGUGUAUACACAAGAAUCAGACGGAUAGGACUUAAAGGCGUUUAAAGAUUUACCACCUUGUGACGUAGUGGGGAGGACACGACGUACAGGUGAGACAAGGGCGUCGGCGUGUUUGACCGAGGGGAGGACGCAGCGUACCUGGGUGACUAAGAUGUGGUGGACUUUCUUCAAGACGUCAUACCGGCCAAGCCGUGAGCACCUGAGUUAAGGCAUUGGUCACGUGUCUCGCGUUCGAAACUUACCACGCAACUGAGAAAAGGAGUUGAGGACAUGACUCAUGGUAACUGCUGGAAUCUCAAGAAGUCUUGAAGGAUAAAAGCAAGUGUCUCAGAAGGAAUCCUAAGAUUUUGCGUGCGUCUGUGCUAAGAUGUCGUGAGGCGUGCUAACCGGACGAGUCCGUGCCGACUGCUGACAAGUGUGCCGUGUCUUGUCGGUACACAGAGUGGAAUUUGUACAGCGUUGUUGUCCUGUUCGUUCCUUCCUGUUGACAGGUCUGUGUUGGUGUGUGCCCAUGUGACGCGGGGAGGGGGCGACUCCGCCGGACGACCUGAUCAUACCGCACCGCCAGUCUGACAGCGCGGCAGGCCGCGGGAUUUAUCACCUCCGUGCGCGUGGAGAGGAUUUUAACUUACCGAACUUACGGGGUUUUAUCGUGACUGCUGAAAGAGGAACAAGUCGUUGGAAUCAUUUCAUCAGUGUGUAGAAGAUUGUACUGAACCACCGGAUGUUAUGGCGUCGUUCUUGAAAAGGAUUUUCCGCCUUCUUCAUGUCGAGGAUUCAAAACGGAUUUUUCGAAUGUAGAUCUUUUUUUCUUCACAGGAAGAACGUUUUGACUGGGAUUUUGCAUUAUCGGCUCUUUGACAAUCGGAUAUAAGGCGGAAGAUUGGCAGAGAAGAAACUACCAAGAUGUGGCCAAGAUAUCGCACAAUUCUCAGGAUAGCAGCGGUACUGCUGGGGCUGGUGAUCGUGAGGGCUGAGAGUGCGAGACAUAAGAAGAAGCGGCAGCUGUCCCAGUACACCUGGGGCACCUGGGGCCCCUGGUCCACCUGUUCGCGCACCUGCGGAAGGGGCGUGGCCCACCAGACACGGAGGUGCCUGUACGCAGGUGUGGAGGAUAGUACGGCGGUCUACCCGAGCGGAAAUGACGUAGGCAAGUACAACUGUGCGGGCAUCUUCAGGCGGUACAAAGCAUGCGCAGAACAGACCUGCCCCCCUGGCACGCCGGACGCUCGUGCUGAGCAGUGCACCACCUACAACAGCAAACCUUUCAUGGGCAGGCUGUACCAGUGGGAACCCUUCCUAGAAGCUCCCCAGAAGUGCGAGCUGAACUGUCGAGCGAAGGGCUACCGUUUCUACGCACGUCUCUCGCUGUCAGUAACGGAUGGAACGCCCUGCAGCCCGGGGUCACCUGACGUCUGCAUCGGCGGCCAGUGUAAGCGAGUGGGCUGCGAUGGUGUCCUGGGCUCUCAGACAGCGCUGGAUAAGUGUGGGGUGUGCGGCGGCGACAACUCGGCCUGCCAGGUGGUGUCAGGGAUGUUCACACGGCACCACCUGCCCGUGGGGUACAACCCCCUCAUGCGCAUCCCCGCAGGAGCACGGCACAUCAACAUCACCGAGCUCGCACACAGCAAGAACUACAUCGCCCUCAAGAAUACGAAAAGCAAGUUCUACUUGAACGGCAAGUGGGAGAUAGAUUAUCCCGGAACUUUCAAGGGCGCAGGGACAACAUUCCAAUACACAAGGUCAACACCUCAUCAGCGUAACCGGGCGGGGCAGACUCUGUUAGCAACAGGGCCAACCAAUGAGGAUCUUGAGGUUAUGCUGAUCUACCAGCAGAGAAAUCCGGGCAUCUUGUAUGAGUACAUCCUGCCAGCCAUGCCCAGUGUGACUCCCAGUCCACCCCCGCUACCUGUCACAAUGAGACCUUCCAUCUACAUUACCAAACACACAUCAGACAUCAACAAAGCAAUCAGGCCCCACGGCACAGCGAAUAGAGACAGUGCCACUUCAAACAGGCAUGAGGGUACAGGUGAUAGGGACAGCUCUGUUUCAAACAGACAGCACGGUACUGCCAACAGGGACAGCUCAUCUUCAAACAGGCACCACCACAGCACAGCUGACAGGGACAGACCCCCGCCGAACAGGUAUCAUUCGGACAACUCCAAUUCAGAAAAAGUAGACGGAGCAUCAGAAAGGACUGGGGGAGGCCAGGGGGGUACUGAUGGGAGCUCACACGGGAGUUCUGUGGUUCCACGAGGAUCACAGGAGGGUGUGUUUGGGGGGUCGAACAAUGCGUACAUUCCGGGAACCUCGCACCAGAGCAUCUACCGACCCGGAGGGCCUUCCUACCGGCCAACGGGAGGCGUGUACUUGGGAGGAGGAACUGCUGAGAGAGGGUCAGAAGGAACGCAGUACCUGCCAGGAUCUUACAGGCCGGGGGAAACACUUCCUAACCAAAAUGUGUACACAGGGGGCAUAGACAGAGGGGGGUUGAACCCCUCCCAGGACCCCUCCCCACGAUCACCCCCCGGGAGAACAUUUCCAGAGGGGGUGUACACAGGAACCAACCUGGGGCCGGUGGAGGGAGUGUUUCAGGGGUCCACCGAGGAGUUUGGACCUGGUAGGAGAGAGUUCGAAUGGACGGUUUCAGGGUACACACAGUGCAGUCGCACAUGCGGAAGAGGGGUGCGAACAAACAUUAUCCAGUGCAUACGGAGAGACAGUGGCGCUGUCGUGCUGGCCAGCAACUGUGACAACCGGAUACGGCCGCCUGUACAGCCAGUACCAUGUAACACCCAGCCCUGCCCAGCAUUUUGGGACGAGGGAGAGUGGACACCGUGCAGUAAGACGUGUGGACCGGGGAUCAAGACGCGGAUGGUUCUGUGUCGGCAGACGAUCACACACAGCUUCACCACCACAGUCUCCCCCAGGAAGUGCCGCUCCAGCCCCAAACCUGCCACCUCGGUCAUGUGUCAGCUGGGCAUCUGCAGCAAGUGGAGAAUAGAGGCCUGGGGACCUUGCUCGGUGCCGUGUGGGCGGGGACAGCGCACACGGGAGGUGAACUGUGUGACGAGCACGGGAGAGGUCCGGCCUGACGGCGAGUGUAACCUGCGGAUCCGGCCGCACCUGGCCGAGGACUGCGACAUGGGCCAGUGCGCCAACUCCUGGUUCUACUCCGACUGGGGAAAGUGCUCCACAGAUUGUGGCAAUGGCAUCCAGAAGCGGAAUGUGCUGUGCAUCCUGAGUCAGGACCACGACCUCCCACUGGGCAGCUGCGAUGGCAAGGAGAAACCCUCGGAGACGCAGUCGUGCGACAUGGACAGCUGUAACAGGAACAGCGCACACUGGUUCUCUGGACCUUGGGGGCCGUGCUCAGCGCCGUGUGGUGAGGGCACGCAGGAGCGUGACGUCAUGUGUAUUUCGGUGAACAAGCGGGAACAGGCGCACCACAUCGUGUCCCACCACCGCUGUGAGCAGGGCAGCCGGCCGGCUCACCAGCAGAGGUGUGAGGUCCAGCCGUGCACAGCCAUGUGGUACCACACCGACUGGAGCCAGUGUUCAAAGACCUGUGAUGGUGGGUACCGGGUGCGCGUUGUUCAGUGUCUGGACGAGAAACAGCAGAUCAGCACCAAGUGCAACAAGGCACUCAGGCCAUCCGAUCGGGAACCAUGUAGUGUCAAGCCCUGCUACAUCGCAACCUCACAUGCCCCUGUUUUCUACCGCCCCUCCACCCCCAGUGCUAGGACAGUCUCCGGCUUUUCCACCUCUCCUGUUAUUUCAGAACCUGCAGAGCGCCUCUACUCAGUUGCUAGGAACAGUGAUGACAGUUGCAUUGACAAGUUCCACAACUGUAACCUGGUGGUGCAGGCACGAAUGUGUCACUAUGGUUACUACAAAAAGGUCUGCUGUGCCUCCUGUUUCCACAACAAAGGCUACAGCUAGUCAACGCUUCAGGCUGCGGAUGAAGAGAACAGGCAACAGUCCAGGAAAAAAACACAUUCAUCUAGUCUCAACCAGUUAUAACCAGUCCAGAAAAAGUACAUACUGCCAGUUUGAACAGUUACUGGUUUAAAAAAACUAGCAUAAAGCUUGUCAAAACUGGUCAGAACCUGAUCUUUACAAGAAAUCCACCAUCAUCUGAUGAAUAGUUUUUACUGUAAAUUUACUGUAACAUUAUUCUGCCUUUAGAGAGCAAUUAGACAAAGACAUUAGUAAAAACGUAAAAUCUUAUCAUGUCUAAAACAUUGACCCACAGACUCAGCUAAGCCUAUGGUAUCUCAUAUGGUUUGAGUCUGACCAUACUAUAAUUAUUCAUUCAUAAAAUGGCCACAAAAAUCACAUACAUUGUAGAGUCGCUUAUUAUUAUAACAUUUCAGGCCAAUGUGGAAAUUGAUUCCUGGUAAAAAGGCCAUAGACACACUCCCAAAAUACUGGCAAUGCAGAUCUUCAUUCAGAAGAACAACUUUUACCUGUCUAAAAUGAAUUUACAGUUGGGAACUUUCUUUCAAUAAACAGUUAAUUCAAAAAGUCAAUAAUAUCUGAUUCAAGGACCUAACAAGCCUAGUAAAUUGCUUACUACACUCUCAAUUUGUAAAGAGUUGUUAGAGAUAAAGCAUAUGAUCCAACAAUUUUGUGGACUACCAGUACAAAGCAUCACAAAUUCUGGUCCCUGUCAGAGUCCAACCAUCCCAAUGUUGAAUGUCCCUCUUCCUGCUGUAUAUUUUACCCAGUGUUUGUAUGAUAGUAUGAACUGCUCAUGAGCAGCAUUGGUAUACCAACUCUAGAAAAAAAGGUAGUGUGAGGCACGGUGACGUGUUGCUCGGUUUUCCUGUCAGCCAAAUUAACGACGUUUGAUUGGUUCAUUGUCAACCAAUCAGAACCCUGCAUUCCUAUAUCAAGAGCAAGCUGCUUUUGUAAGCAUAAGAGUAAGAGGUAUCUACAUGUACGUAUAUAGAACAAUAUAUUCUGGUACAGAUAGAAAGCAUGUAAAUAUUGUGAUAUGGACGGCAUAUUACCAAAGGGGAAUAGGGGAAUAUUAAUGUUAGUUUUAGCUUUGGACGAGGUGUAUCUUAGCAAUUAUGUAUGAACAGAGUUUCAAGAGAGAGAGAAGUCUUUAUAAAACUAUGUGUGUCAAUCUACUUGAUACUUUUCUUGAUGUUCUUAUUGUGUACAUUGUACAUUGUCUUGGACACACUGGAUGUUGCAUGGAGGAGUAGGAGAAUAAUCGUCUUCUGGCAAAUCAUAACAUUUCUGCAUAGAUCCAACCUGCAGCAGCAUAGAAUGGAUGUUGCAUCAGGCAAAGAAAAUGUCAGCAUGUGGAUCACUAUGUCUGUGUCUGUGUGUGUGGAUCACUAGCCUGACUUCAUCCUGCUUCUAGCAGUCCUUCUACUCAGGCCCCUAGAAGCUUGAUGGCCAACACCUCUAAGUCAAGACAUUAUAAUUCUAUUGAUUUGUGCAUACCGGUAUGUGACUUAUCCAUGUCAGACUGUGAACUGUCUGUUACCAUGGUGUUGGAGGCUGUGAUGACUGGUUUAUGUUGUGACAGAUAACCCUGGGCUCUCAUUGUGGUAAAGAAUCCUGAGCUACUAUUGGUAGUUCUGAUAAUGGGAUUAAUAUAAUGGUUCUCUUGAGUUAGAUGUAUAGGAUGUAUAUGAGUUAGAGGUGUAUGGCCACAAGCUCUUGGGGAAGAGUCCCUGACAGCGAAAGAUUGUAUAACUCACACUUGCUAGAUGGUCACCAUGUGUCACCAAACAACUUUUGCUGUCAAAAAAGAAUAAUGAAUGAAUACAUUUAUGGGCCAGCAUACUAAGCAUAAGAAGUUGUAUUCAGUUUGGUUAAACCUACCUGGCCUUAUUUGGUAACAGUGUGAAUAAUGCAUAAUGAAUGCUGACUUGGGAUUGGUCAAGACAGCCUGGCUAUAAACAUUGUAUGUUGUGUGUGAUUUUGAUUUUAAAAUGUAAGUCAUGGCAAAUACUGGCCACAAUGGAUUCCAUUCAUAAUGAAUAAUUUGGCAAGUUUAUCUCAAAAGUAAUGAAAAAAGCUUUAUUUAAAAGGAAAUAUAUCAGUGUUAGUGUAAUGUGUUUGACACAUGUUGGUACUUUUGAAAAAGACUGAAAUACAUGUAACCACUUAAAAAAAAAUGCUCUUCAAUAGUUAUACUAUCAUCUGUAUCUGUGUAGUACAUUGUCCUCUAUUCAUUCUUGCCGGUGUGUCUUAUAGAAAUCUUGUCCAAUGUUAUCCAGUUUAUACAUUGUAUUUAGUUGUUUGUGUGUUCACAUGUUGGUGCAACAAUGAGAAGCACUUCAAAAGUGACUGUUUGACAAAGGUCAAACACAUUGGCUACUAUGUUUUGUGUUGCCCUGCUUGAAAUGACUUCAUUAAUGUUUAAACCUUGGAUAAAGUGGUAGUACCAUGUAAACUUAGUACAGAAAAAGUUUGAGGAAGGGCAAAACUACCAUAAAAUUCUUAACAUGGUAGAGAGUAGAAUUGUUUUAAGAAUAUGUAAUCAGAACUUUAUACAAAUGUGAUUUUUAAAUGAUUUUUGCCGUAUUCGGUACCGAUUCAGUGGUGUUACCAAAAAAUGUGGAUGUCACAUACCUGUGUCCAAGACAUCUGUUGUAUCCAGAGCGGUGUUUUAUCCGGAACCUUGCUCAGGCACAGUUCAGGUCUGUACUGUUGCUGGGAGCACAUCUGUUGUGCUCUAUGCCCUUGUCGUGCUGGUUGUUACAAGUGUGACCUAGUGUCAGAAGUUGUAUCUUUCAUUCUUGAGUUUAUAGUUGAUGUAAUCAGCAAAGAAAAAGGAAACUCUGUUAAGCUGCAUAGGCGAGUAUUGGGACAAUAAAGACUUUGGUACUUUA